UCAGCGCUUGUGUUUUCGGUUUCGUUGUUUGUUGCUUGUAGAUCGAUGUGAUUAUGGCUGCGGGUCCAAUUGCUGAACGUAAUCAAGAUGCUACCAUAUAUGUUGGCGGGUUGGACGAGAAAGUUACAGAAGCCCUUAUGUGGGAACUCUUUGUUCAAUCGGGGCCAGUUGUCAAUGUUCACAUGCCGAAAGAUCGUGUCACACAGAUGCAUCAAGGGUAUGGAUUUGUCGAAUUUAUGGGAGAGGAGGAUGCAGACUAUGCUAUUAAAAUAAUGAAUAUGAUCAAACUUUAUGGUAAGCCGAUUCGUGUGAACAAGGCAUCAGCUCAUCAGAAGAAUCUCGAUGUCGGAGCUAACAUCUUUAUCGGCAAUCUUGAUCCAGAAGUUGACGAGAAGCUAUUAUAUGAUACAUUUUCAGCUUUUGGAGUUAUUCUGCAAACACCGAAGAUCAUGCGUGAUCCAGAAACCGGUAACUCCAAAGGCUUUGCUUUUAUUAACUUUGCCAGUUUCGAUGCUUCAGAUGCAGCAAUUGAAGCAAUGAAUGGACAAUAUUUGUGUAACAGACCUAUUUCGGUGUCUUAUGCAUUUAAGAAAGAUGCAAAAGGAGAACGACAUGGGUCAGCUGCUGAGCGCCUCCUAGCUGCACAGAAUCCACUGUCUCAGGCAGAUCGGCCCCAUCAGCUGUUUGCAGAUGCUCCACCUCCAAUACCACCACCACCUGCGCCAAUGCCUCCGCAGCAGCUGCCUCCUGUCCCUGUGCCACCUGUUCCAGUAAUGAUGGGCGCUAUGCCUCCCCCACCUCCUCAAAUGGCUCAUAUGCAUCCUAUGCAUGCUCCUCCUCCACCACCUCCUACAUCCAUGCCUGUUGCUGUUCCAAGACAUCCUCCUCCACCACCACCCAUACCACCUCAGCACCCACCACCAAUGCCACCAGGUGUGCCUCCACCUCCUCCAGUGCCUCCUAUGAGCAGGGCAGCACCACCCCCACCAGUGCCACCACCACCACAUGUUGCUGCUUCCGUUGCUAGUGGUCUACCUCAGAUGCCACCACCAGUCUCAAUGCCACCUCCACCACCACAACAGCCUCCUCCUCCACAGCAACAGCAGCAACCACAACAAACACAGCAGCAAGUGCCUUCGAUACCACCACCACCACAAGCCCCACCACCACCAAGAAUGAUGCCACCUCCAUGGCAAGGUCAACAAUUUCCCCCACCACCACCAACUCAGUUUACACCUGGUCAGUUUCCUCCUCCGCCUCCACAUGGUGCACCACCACCAGGUUGGCGGCCACCACCACCUGUUCGUCCUCCAUUUGGACGGCCACCAUUUCCACCAAGAGGUCCACCUCCACCACCUCGUGGACUGAGACCUCCACCACCACCGCAACCAGGACAACAACCUGAUGCUACUGCUGCAUAUAAUGGUUACCAGGAUCAGACAGGAAACUUCCAGAAUGGAUAUUCCACUUAACUUGUACUGUUAAUUAUAUGUGUGAGUGACUUGGUGCACUGUGAACUACAGAUUUACAAUAAAUAGUACCACAGUGUGAAAGCCCUGUGAAGAUUGUGCUUUUUUUUAUCUGUGACUAUGAAUAAUUUGUAAAGGAAGCAACGUGUCUCUUAUAAACCUCUUGUUUGUGUUUGUUUACAUACACUAUUGUACUGUGACAUGGACAUUUAGUUAAAUUGAAAUGCUUGAGAAUCGAUGUUAUUACAUUUGCAAAUUGUAAUAUUGUUGCUGUGUGCUUACAUUUGUGACUUUUAUACCUUUAUUUUGAGGACAGUUUUAAUUCCGAGUGAAACUGGUGGAAAUGAAUAAUUCUAGUGUGUGUUAGACUGACUUUAAACAAAUGUUGUUUCUAUUUGGAAUUGGCCAAACAACUUUUGUGUAUGG